GCCAGUUGUUGCUUAUACGUGUGAUUCUGGGUUUGAGUUGGAGCCAUGCCGGGGGUGAAGUUGGUGGUGGCAUCCCAGGUGUGCCCCCCUCUGCUCUUACUCCCUCGUACCCUCAAUAUUUAGCAGGAAAAUGAUUGCUUAUAAAUGAUUUGGUCUAUGAUUGAAGAGCCAUCACCAAGGUCAAAUGAACAUGGGGGUUAUUUUGAGUCGAGAGCAAAAGUACUGUAAGGGCUUAAAAGAAUACUUUAUCUUCAACAUUUUAAUAUCAGUUACUUCAUUUUUUUUCAGAAACCAAAUCAGGUGAACAUUCCUCAUAGAUUGAAGUCAAGGGAGGCCAUGUUUAACCCUCCGGAGACCACGGAUGCGCAGGUGUAUCCAAAUCACAUGACCGAUUUAAGAUGACGUAGCAGCGAGACGCGGCCUCGUAGAGUCUCCGUUUCAACUUGUGUCGAAAAUGCGAACUUCAAACUGUAUACCAAACCAGACUAAUGAUAAAUAAUUUAGGCCAUGCUUUUUCCUGAAUAUUGUCGUGACGUUUGGUGCAGUGACAAACAGUAAAAAUGGGCUUUUCUAACAAAGUGCUUGCAAGCAAAAAAACUUGACACCUCCUUUCCUAUUGGUGGUGUUUUUGUGUGAUUUUAGGUCCAGUGUGUUAAUACAGUUUGUCAAAAUGAAAAAAUAACCAUAAAGUCACACAGGUGAGGUUGUGCUGAAAAAAAUGACACCAAACAAGGCAAGGUAAACAGUUUUUUAAAGGUGUAGUCUAAAGCAUUUAAACCCUUGACCACAAAGGGUUAACACCAGUAAAACUACAUCGUAAAAUCUUCUUACAAACCCACAACUCAUGCAGUAUAUUCCAAGUCUUAUUAGUUCGUUUGCUCAGUGAUCCCAAACAGAAGCAUUUUUUGCUAAAACAUUAAAAUACUAGAGCACUUGGAGAGCGCAGACCUCCGCCAAGCAGCUCGGAUUUCCUGCCAUUUUAUUAUUUUAUCCACUUCGCUUCAACCGAUCACCAAAAUUUUAUUAUCUGUUCCUUGUCCCAUUAUCAACCUUUCCUGAAAAUUUCAUCAAAAUCUGUUCAGAACUUUUCAAGUUAUUUUGCAGACAAACAAACAAACGCCGGCGAAAACAUAACCUUGGCGGAGGUAAUAAAACACUUCCACCUGUGAGUGGGGUGCUCUGUGUGCUUGAGAAUGCCUGGGCCUAAUAAGCUCCACUUGAGCAGAGCAUACGACUGGAUACAGUAGACUUCUUGGAUUGUACUGCACGAGUGUCGUAGCAAUUUUAGCUGAUCUGCUUGGGAGUCAGCAAACAACACUGAAUAGCUUUGUGCACAAGAGUUUAUUCUCUAUAGAGAAGGUGCAACCUUCCCAGAACAGUGAAUACAGGGCAUCCUUAUACGUAUACUCAGACGACAAGAUGAUGGGAAAUCAGUCAUAGCUUUCUCAGGCUUUCCUGAUUUGAUUAUGUUCUCUUGAUUAUGUCAGAGGAGCAUACCUGAUGCAAUCAUGUUAGGUUAUCAGCUUAUCUGUCAGUCAAUUCGUGAAGAAUGUUUGCCCUUUUUGUAUUCUCCGUUCACUCCGGAGACAUGCAAGAAACACCCAAGUUUUCUUCCCAGUUUAUGGUAACAUGCAGUGAGCAAUUGAUAUACAAAUUGCCAUUUGGCAGGUAAAGUGUUCCUUUAAAACUGCUCAAAAAAGCAGAAGCUGAAAUUUGCACAUACUGUAUUUUAUUGUUGAUCAUUGUUUGUCAGCUAAGAUGUGUAUUCCUUUAGGUUUUCCAUUAGCUCUUCUUGUUUUUAAUAAAUACAAUAUCUAUAAUAAUGUAUCAAAUACAUGUAAAUAUAAUAUUAUUAUUAUUAUGGGGUGGGGUGGCUUGCAUAGGGAGCUGAAUUUUCUAGCUCCGGCACUGGAUGCAACAGCACAACUGCACAUCACCAGCAGUUAGAUCAGUCGCAAUGCGCAUGCGCGAAAGCGGCGCAUCCCUUCAACAAAGUUUAAUUUCCCUCAAAAUAAAGACGUGUUAAUGCGUCAAAGCAACGUCAAAAAAAUCAAUAACAUGUCCGCCUUCCCUAUAUAUGCGCCCGGACUGUUAAUGUCAAGUGUGGCUGUAGAUACCAGCCUGAAUGUGUGAGCCUCCCGUUCACUCUCCAGCUGUGAUCCACUACGUUUAAAGACGGAAGUGAGCACUCCUGUUCCCGACCAGGUCCGUGAAAGCUGCGCAUGCAUGUCAGUUUAUGAAUGUUUAUUUACGUGUGUUAUUUAUGCCUACGAGUUCUUCCCGAAGAUAGUUCAGAGCCUUCAUUUGCCUCUGAGUCUAUCCCGCUGCGGUAUGGCAGCGGCGGCAGAAGCGGCGGAGGACCGGAGCGGCGGAGCGCUAACAGGUGACGGGGAACCUGAGGAGGCCGAGGAGUUCACCUGCGCGGCCUACUGCUCGGAGCUCUCCCGGCGGCAGAACGAGCAGAGGAAGUCGGGGCUGUUCUGCGACGUGACGCUGGUGUUCAGCUCCGGCAGGGUGUCAGAGGAGAAGAGGGUCCAGACCUUAUCCGCCCACCGCUCGGUGCUGUCCGCCGCGUCGCAGUACUUCACGCUGCUGCUGGGCGGACAGUACUCAGAGUCCGUGUCGGGACGAGUGGAGCUCAGAGAGUGGAGCUCACCUGCGGGGCCAGACCCGGACACCGUGGAGGGUGUCAUACAGUUCAUGUACACAGGACAGAUCAGAGUCACCACUGCUAAUGUGCAUGAGGUGUUGGAACUUGCUGACAGGUUCCUGUUGGCACAGCUGAAGAGCUUCUGUGGAGAGUUUCUGAUGAAGAAGCUGAACCUUUCCAACUGUGUAGCAGUGCACAGCCUCGCCCACAUGUACACCCUGGACCAGCUGGCCCAGGGAGCCGCCAAGAUGAUUAGGAGAAACUUCCACAAAAUUAUCUGCCAUGAGGAGUUCUUUACACUGCCUUUUCAUUUGGUGCGGGACUGGCUGUCAGACUCAGGAAUCACUGUGGAUUCUGAACAGGAGUUGUUCGAGGCCAUAGUGAAAUGGGUGAACCAAAACACAGAGGAGAGAGAGACACAUUUUGAGGCGCUGUUCAGACUUAUAAGGCUGCCUCAGAUUGCUCCAACCUACCUGACACGGGUGGUGAGGAAGGAGCCCUUAGUGGCAGACAGUGCAACUUGUCAGCAGCUGGUGUCUGACGCCCUUGAGGUCCACGCCGUGCAUUUUGAGAACCUCAAAUCAGUUGAUUUAGAGCUCUCUGCCUCCAACAUGGCGGCAACCCAGCCUCGUCUCGGCCAGAACAUGGAUGUUAUCAUGGUGGUGGGUGGUGUUUCAGAAGGUGGAGACUAUUUAAGUGAGUGUGUGGGCUACUUUGUCGCUGAGGACCGUUGGGUGAACCUGCCACACAUUCACAACCACCUUGACGGACACGCCAUCGCAGUCACUGACAGCCAUAUUUACGUGGCAGGCUCAAUGGAGCCAGGCUUCGCCAAGACGGUGGAGCGCUUCAACCCCAACCUUAACACCUGGGAGCAGGUCAGCAGCCUGACCACCCGCAAGCACUCCUUUGGCCUCACGUGUGUCAAAGACUUGCUCUACAGCAUCGGUGGUCAUGGCAACUUCAGUCCAGGCUUUAAAGAUGUCACUGUGUACGAAGCUGAGCAGGACGAGUGGCACAAUCUCGAGCCGGCGCCGAAGAUAUUACGAGAUGUGAAAACAAUAAGCGUGGAGAACCGCUACAUAUAUGUGAUGGCCAGGACUCCUGUAGACAUGGACAAUGACGAUGGACUGAGCACUGUGACCUCUUGCUACGACACAGAGAGUCACAAGUGGCAGGAAGUGGACUCCUUACCGCUCAUUGAUAAUUACUGCAGUUUCCAAAUGGCUGUCGCACACACCAACUUCUACCACACAGCCUCCUGUUGCGCUAAGAGCUACAAGAUAACAGCCGAGGCAGCUCAGCAGAAAAUAAGCAGAAACAUCUCUGAUGAAAUCCUCGACAGCCUCCCCCCAGAGGUCCUCAGCAUGGAGGGCGCUGCUGUCUGCUACCUGGGUGAAGACAUAUUCAUCAUUGGCGGGUGGAGGAACUGCAACAACAUGGACAAGCAGUACCGCAAGGAGGCCUACCGUUACUGCGCUGAGAGGAAGCGCUGGAUGCUGCUGCCGCCUAUACCCCAGCCACGCUGCCGAGCCGCAGCCUGCCACAUUCGCAUCCCGUACCGUUACCUUCACGGCUGCCAGCACUACCCCACGCCCCAGAACCUGGCUCGCCAGCGAGACCGCAUGCAGCAGAUGCAGCAGCUCCAUCGCCGCACGCUCACUCUACGCAGACAGCUGCGGUCUCAGAUCGAAUGCUGAGAGCCUCGAAUUGUCUGCACUUAAAGCCGGAGUGUGGAACUUUUGUCUCUCCUCUCAGGGAGUGAGAGAAGUUACACAAACACUGCCAUCAUGUGUUUAUGACCUAUGCCUGCAGUUGAGCUCGCCACAUCUCCCCCGCCCCGAGGAGCACCCUCCUCAAGUCUUUCUUGCCUUCUUUAAUCCUUCCUUUGAACUCUUUUUUCCCUGGAGCAUCCACACCAGACACUUUUCUUCAGAUCUGGCACCACAGCUUCUGCCAUACCUCUAACUGCUGCUCUUUUGCUAUGGUCUCUCUCUCCACUUCCUGUCCCCUUUAGUUUUGGCUGGUUGACAUAAAACAGUGUUGUACAGUUGCAGCAGACACUAGACAACACAAUUCCGGUAUGCUGCAAAAUUCAGAGGGCUGCAUGACGUGCCAUUAAAAAAAAUUGCGAUAUGAGUUGCAGUUUCAGUGGGUAAACAGUAAUUUAUGCAAUUAAUUUUCACUGGAAAAAAAAUACGAUGAUGAUGUGAUUUUUUUUUUCUGGGGUCUGUACCAAACAAGCAUGUUCCCUCCUUUCUGGAAUAUGAUUUAUGGGCCGGGUCAUCUCUCAUUGUAAUGGUAUGUUAAGACACCUUUUACCUUUGUCGAAAAAUUGCAGCUCCUGCGAUUCAGAUAUUGUUCUUGGCCAUAUUGAAAUUUCAAUAAUAUUUGUUAGUUUAGUUGUGCAGCCUCACAGAGAGCUUUCCCUGUUUACGAUAGGCUUAAUCAGCACUGUGUGAACUCAUUUGGCAAAGGUGUAAAUAUAAUGGACGUUUGUUUGUACGUAAAAUUCCUUCAAUUCAGGGUUAAUCUGCUGAUAAAUGGGUUGUUUCUACCGCAAGACAUGUAUCUUAUUUUAUUGCCUUGUCUGCAUGGGUUUACCUGGAGCUGGUUUGGAUGAAACCAGUUUGAACUACUGGUGUUUGCUGCUCUGUGCACCAACUAGGUCCAGUGGGAGUUAGCUAGUGGCUCUGCUUAUUUCAAUCAGGAGAGACUUGUCUUUCAUGAAAAAAAUGUGGAAAGUCUUUGGCGAUUAGACCUCAUCAAGAUGGUAUAUAUUAAAGGAUAGUGAUGAAUCCGUAGUCGAAUAGGGACCCCCCCUAUUCGAGCUCGUUGAGCUCGAAUAGGGUUGAGCUCGUCCUGGACUCUGGAUACGAUGGCUGGAGGUGAACAGGGUGAAAGAGGGUGCGACAGUUCUGCCUAAAAUGACCGCUGACAGCAACACCUGAUCGGCUGAUAGAGAUCGUGGUGAAGUUUGAUUGGAUAACUUAAAGAGCGAACACCCAUAGUCAGCUGAUUAGAGGAAACAGUGGGAGUGGGAUGGAGAGAAUUGUGAAGAAAGUCUUCCUGAUUGAACUUCAGCCUUUAAUGGGUAUUGGGCUGUCGCAAGCAAAAUUAACUGUUACUGACAUCCCUAUCAGUCAGACAUGCAACCAGAUGAUCAGUCUUACAUUAUACUUUUGGCCUUACAUGAUUAGCUUAUGCCUUACUUUAUUCUGCUAGUAAAUGAAACUGUGAUUCGAUGGUUAAUCUCACUGCUGAGCAACUUAGCUUUUUAUAUGUGGUCUGUGUUAAAACCUAAAGAUGUCAACAUGUGUUGUGGUUUGAUUAUAAGAUAGAAUAUAACUAAGACAGUUAUCAGUGACAACAUGUAAAUGUAAAUGAUGUCUAUGUUUAUUGUGAUGUGAGUUAGUAUGAAAUUAAGUGUGUGGAUGAUGAACUUGCUGCAACAACCGGCUGAGCUUUAACUUUUUACUCCUCUCGCUGCUUGCAUCUAAUUUCUCUUCUACCUCCAGUUUCCCAUCAUGCUCUUUUGCACUUGUAAGGAUUGAAAUAUCUUAAUGUUGAUUGUGUGUAGUGUAUAUGUCGUGUGUGUGCCCCACUUGAAACAGACAAUCAUAUAUCAGAGUAUUUGUAGCAAGAGUUAAAUGUUGAGCAAAGCACAUAUUGGGGGAGAGGGUGUUGAUUACAUGUUACCCCUCAUUAAAACAGUUUCUUACAGAGUGCACAACACCCUUUUUCAUUCCUGUGGAUGUGUUUAAAUGUGUGUGAUUUAUUAUGUCUUAAAUAUUUCAGCUGGUCAGAACUUGCUUUAUUUAAUUUCCCAUGUUGUUGCGUAGCUUAAGAGAUAGGCCACCAUGAUAAUGAUGAGACGUACAUUUUGGCAAAAGAAGCUUUAUUCUCUUCGGCAUUGUGGUGUUAUUUUGUUUGUUGGCUUAUUCUGCCUGUGUGCAUCUUGCAGACUUUACUCUGCCUCUAACUUCUCUCACAGCACUAUGAGAUGUGUGAAACACAUUAAACCAGGAGGGUGAUAUGCUUCUGCGCAUGGUUCUCUCCAUGUUCUAAACUGUGCCAUGAUAUUCCAGCUGUCUCUUAUUAAUACAGUUGAAAUAAUUGUAUUUCCUGCACUAAAGGACCUUGAAUGUUAACUUAAACAUUGUACAGUGUUGCGUAUUUUAAAUACUCAGAGCACAGGGUUGUGUGGACCAGUCGCUGAGCUCAGUAUCUCUCCAUUACUGUUUAAAUUGCUAGUGCCUGUGUUAACUACAGCCAAGCUCUCCACCAGUUUUCCACCAACAUACUGCACACAAUGUGAAUAGUAUUAAUUAUUGAAUGGGACUAAUAUGAUCAGAUACAUGUGGAGUUUUUGAAUUUUAAAGAAGGUUUUAAGACACUUUUCUCAUGUAAAGUGCACAUGACCACAGGAGCAGAGCAGACAGCAACAUAGAUUUUAAAUCAUUGACAGUAGUGUAUGAGGGUUUCAGAUUUGAUUUGCCUGACAUAUAUUCAGAUUUCCUGCAGCCUUGUACUGUGUUAGGUAUGAUGUCAUUCCAUUUGUAUGUGCAACAGCAAGAAAGUGUACAGACAUUUGAAAUAAAUAAUGUGUAAUGAUAUGAGAUUGUUGUCACCUAUGAAGAUAUUUAUGCAUCUUUAAUUUUGUCACGACAAGUUAUGGUGAUUUAAGAGGUCCAUAUAAACAGUUACAUAACAAUUUAUAGUUUUGGAAAUCAUGCUAAUUCAGCAUUUACACUAUGAUGGACAAGGCUGGAUUUUCAAAUUAAAAGACCCCAUAUGGUUUACAGAAAGGGAGGGGGCCUAGACAAAGCUGACUUUCAAAAUAAAAGCACUAACUAGUAAUAUCAAAUUUUCAAUAGUUAUAAUAAAUUUUAAAAAAUAAAAUUUUCCACCUACUCUACUUUAAACC